AUUUAAGUGGGUAGAACAAGGCACUAGGGUUUCCCAUCGCCUUAUUAAAGCUCUGGUUGCUCUCUCCUGCCGCGCCGAAGCUCUCUCUCUCUCUCUGUCGCAGUCGCUGCUUUGAGCCUCUUCGCCCUCACUCAUCAUCAUGGGGAAAACACGUGGAAUGGGAGCAGCUCGCAAGCUGAAGAACCACCGUAGAAGGCAAAGGUGGGCUGACAAGUCAUACAAGAAGUCCCAUCUUGGAAAUGAGUGGAAGAAGCCAUUUGCUGGAUCUUCUCAUGCUAAGGGAAUUGUUCUUGAGAAGAUUGGUAUUGAAGCUAAGCAGCCUAACUCUGCCAUUAGGAAGUGUGCUAGGGUUCAGCUUAUCAAGAACGGGAAGAAGAUUGCUGCCUUUGUGCCCAACGAUGGUUGCUUGAACUACAUUGAAGAAAAUGACGAGGUGUUGAUUGCUGGGUUUGGACGUAAGGGUCAUGCUGUUGGUGAUAUUCCCGGAGUUAGGUUUAAGGUUGUGAAGGUCUCAGGUGUGUCACUCUUGGCUCUCUUCAAGGAGAAGAAGGAGAAGCCUAGAUCUUAAGUUUAUGGUUCAUGAGUUGAGCUACUGAAAUGUUUUGAUUCAGAUACAAUUUUGUCAUCACUCUUAAGACCAUGCUUGGCAAUCAGAUGCUUAUGCUUUGUUUUUUGAAAUUUCAGUGGUUGUUUCGGUUCUUACUCUAUUCUGUGUUCAAA